UCGGAGGCGGUGUUUGGCCCGUGCCCAUGAGAUCGGGUUACAUCAAGAGAUUAUUGGCUGCUGGAUUGUCAGUCACGUAGAGGUGUGUGGCAGUGACGUGGCUGUGACAGUGUGGCAAGUUGACAGUAUACAGUGCACAUUACGUCGCACCACACGUCUCUGUCUCUACACACUUGUUUAUGGUUCUCUUGGUGUUUCGUCGCUGGGGGAAGCGAAAAAGGAGACGUCUUGAACAGCAGCCUACCUGGAGAGACUGGGGGGGGGAGGAGCGAGUGGACGGCGCCGUGUACACGGUCUACCUCAAGAAAGUCCGCUACCACCGACCCACCAAGUCCGUCUCUUCGGACUCUGAGGAUGAGAUAUCACACCUGGAGUGGGAGACUGUGAAGGUUCGCUUCAUCAAGGCUGGCUCGCUACAACGACUAGUGGAGAGCCUAGCGACGGACGACGGCGAACUCGAGUCCACCUACAUCAACGUGUUCCUGGCCACCUACCGCACGUUCGCUACAGCGAAGCAAGUCCUGAGUCUGUUGUUAGAUAGGUAUGAACAGCUAGCGAAUAAUGAGCUGGAUCUCCCAGAAAUGGUUUCAGAUCAGCAUAGAAAAACUCUGGUGCUGGCACUCCAUGUGUGGCUGGACUCGUACCCUGAGGACUUCCGAGACCCUCCACUGCACGCCACACUCUACCAGCUGCUGUACUUCGCCCAGACCCACCUGCCAGACUCGGAACUGCAGCUCAAGGUCAGGCAUCGACUGGAGCGGUUCACACGGGAAGAUGAGAUGCUAGAAUCUUGCCCGCUGUUUGUGCCUGACUCAUUGUACCUACACUCCAAUGGCACACACGCACCUCCCUACAGCUUCCCGGACAUCCCCGAGCGACUCUUCGCAGAGCAGCUCACGCGCAUGGACAUGAGGCUCCUGCAGAAGCUAGUACCCCACCAGUGUCUGGGAGGGAUCUGGUCUCGUCGGGACAAGUCCAGAAGUCAGGAGGCUGCCACGGUGCUGGCCACUGUGAACCAGUUUAACGCCGUCUCUCUGCGAGUGAUCAGCACCGUACUUAUGGACCCCAACUGCAGGCCGGCCGAGCGAGGUCGUCUCGUCAGCACUUGGAUAGAUGUUGCUCAGGAACUGAGGGUGCUGAAAAACUUCUCUUCAUUGAAGGCCAUCAUCUCAGGUCUCCAGUCCAAUCCUGUAUAUAGAUUACAAAAGACUUGGCAGUGCUUACCAAAAGAGAAGGUUGAGGUAUUUGAGGAGUUGGCAAGGAUAUUCAGCGAAGACAACAACCAGUGGGCUCAGCGCGAACUGUUGAUGCGAGAGGGAACGGCCAAGUUUGCUGAUACAGUUGGCGAGAACGAUAAACAGUUGCAGAAGGUUAUACAGAGACAGGCAAACAACAGUGGAAAUAUCAGCCAUGGAACAAUCCCAUACCUAGGAACAUUCCUCACCGAUCUGACCAUGAUCGACACUGCGAUACCUGACACUCUGUACGAUGGACUGAUCAACUUCGACAAGAGGCGGAAAGAGUUCGAGGUUUUAGCACAGAUCAAGUUGCUGCAGGGAGCUGCCAAUGCGUACAACAUACACGAGGACAUUGCGUUUGACCGGUGGUUCGACUCAAUAUUGACCCUGGAUGACCGAGAGGCCUACCAACUCUCCUGCCACAUCGAGCCCCCUGCUGUACCUGCCCUCACAGUCACUACCCACCGCCCCAAGAAGAAGCCCAACAACUGUGUGUGUUACAGCCUGGGUCACCACAAGAAUGACUCGAUAGCCAGCACCACAAGCAGUAGCUCUAGUAGCCAGUUUUACUGUGACAUCGACAGUCUACCCUCCUCUCCUCACAACUCUCUUGACAGGAAGGCAUCUCCGUCCCAGAUGUCAUCAUCAUCAAGUAACUCAUCGCUCCCAUCUUUGGACGUGAGUGUGGCCAGCAGUGCUACCAACAACAGCUUGACAGUUAGUAGUGCCACCCGCAGUCCUGCCACCCGUCAGGUUACGCCGGAUUUCUAUAUCAUCAAGGUCACCUUGGAGACUGACCUCGUGGAGACAGAUGGUAUCGUUUUGUAUAAGAGUAUAAUGCUGAGCAACAACGAGCGGACGCCACAAGUGAUUCGAAAUGCCAUGCUCAAGUUGGGACUAGAGGGGAAUCCAGAUAACUAUACUCUGGCGCAGGUGCUGCCUGAUAAAGAAAUGGUAUUGCCGUCUAAUGCCAACGUCUACUAUGCAGUGAACACUGCAUUCAACCUCAAUUUCAUCUUGAGAUCUAAACUUCGCCCGUUGGACAGCCCCUUAUCACCUGCCAAGCCCGCACGACUCAAGAACGGCAAGAAGCUGACGUGAUACAGCACAAGCGUUGCGCUGGCGUAGAUCCAGCAAGCUACAGAGAUGUGAAGCUAUUCUGGAGAAAGUUCAGAUGCCCCACACUGUCUUUUCCUGUGAAAGCUUUGUGUACUGUAGAGCCAUAAAUUGCCUUCUUGUUCUAUUUGGAAUCUCUUAUCCUGCAACACGUCUUGUGUUGCAAUAUAUAUAAUUUUUAGCGGUUUUCAAGUCAUAAACCGUAUUAAUAGACAAAAGUUAGGACCAUUUAUUAUUUUGUGAUCAAGGUUAUUUAAUUCUAUAUAGCACUAAUGAAUAUGAUUCUACAUGUUUUACAUUGUUUGCAAUUGCUAUUGAAAAAUGUGAGAAACAAUUCAAUGAUGAGUACAAUGGUUAUAUAUGUAAACCAAAACCGUAAUUAUACUGCUUGUUAAUACCAAGUGAAGAAUUUCAAGUUCUCAAAUUAUUACAUACAUCAAUAAAGUUAUUUGGGAUUUCCAUCAAUGUAAAUCGAAGUAUCAAAUGCUUAUUGUAGGAAUCUAAUGUUUAAAGAUAUUCUGUUAUGAAGAGCAAAAUCAAUAGUUACCAAUGUUCAAGACCAGAGUUAUAACUUCCACAGUUAUUAGGGUUACCCUUACCCAGUGUUGGAUUUAGAAUCCAUGUAUUGUAAAUAACCUGGCCUUCACAGGAAAAGACAGUGUUAUGUCUGCUACCUGCUCCCAGACAGGAUCUCAAGACCUGCCCUAAUGACCAAAGUUACAAUUAUUGAUAGUAUUAAUGAGGUUGUUGUGUCAAGUAAGUGAUAAUGGUGAAAGACAUGUUUUGUAAUUUUAAUUCAAGUGAACCUUCAACAAAUUUGUGUGUUUGUGAUUUAAUUGUUAAGGUUUAUUUAUGUGGUUGCUGCUGAGAUUUUGCUGUCAACACCAAGGGUGUAAUUUAUUGUAUUUGGUUUUGUAUAUUUGUACCACUAAUUAAUUUUAAAUAUUUUUAAGCGAUAUUUAAUGCUGAUUUAUGCUUUUGUGCACUAUUUAACCCUUUGAAGUGUUAUUUUUUGUAUCUUUUCUAACUCUUUAUAUCAUGUGGUACAGUUUUCCGAAUAUUGGUUAGUUGCUAAUACUGAUGCAUUGCGGAUUGCUGACGAGAUAUGUCAACCAGUUGCCAGUUACCUCCUAAUGUUUGUAACAAUACCUGGUAGAAUGCAGAAGUGUAUUUUCUAUUUUCUAGGCAACUAAGUACUUUUAACAAACAAUCUAAAUUUAGCUUUCCUUUUUUUUUAAAUUCAAUAAAUAAUCCAACAGACAACACCAGCUUGUUCUAGUUGGUGUUAGUAAUUUUCCAUAGAAAUACAAGAAUAUUUUAAUAACAUUUUAUAUUUUUUACAGUAUUGAAAUAUAAGUGAUAUAAUUAAACCAAAAUAAACUUCACUUUAAGUGG